AACUUUGUUAGUUGCGGCGGCGUCAAAUCAAUGGCAAAUUUAAUUGAUUUUAGUUUAUUAUUCAUUACAAAAAUCGAUAAAAAUGGUCGAGAAUAAUGAAGUUGAGCUCUCGGAAGCGGAGGCGGAACAAUACGAUCGUCAAAUUCGUCUUUGGGGCUUGGAAUCACAGAAGAGAAUACGCUCUUCUAAAGUUUUGAUCAUCGGCUUGUCCGGUUUGGGUGCCGAAAUCGCUAAGAACAUUAUUCUAUCUGGAGUGAAGAGUGUGUGUUUACUUGACAAAAAGUUAAAGGAGAGUGAUUUGUACUCGCAGUUCUUAGCUCCGCCGGACAAGAUAGGUGAGAACAGAGCCGAGACCUCGUUGCAACGCGCGAGGGCUUCGAACCCUAUGGUCGAGGUUACAGCGAAGACGAAGGCAGUGGAAGAGCUGCCGGAUAGCUAUUUCGCAACGUUUGACGUAGUUUGCGCUACAGGUUUGAAGCAGGAACAACUUGAGCGUAUAAACAACGUUUGCCGUGACAACACGAAGAAAUUCCUUUGCGGCGAUGUAUGGGGUAUGUUUGGUUAUAUGUUCGCUGACUUAUUUGACCACGAGUAUUCGGAGGAAAUAGUCCAACACAAAGCUGUGAAACGGGGCCCUGACGAUACUGAGAAGAAUGCUAGAGAAACUGUUACCAUUAAUGUGAAGCGCAGAGCUAUUUACGUGCCGCUGCUUAAGAAGUUAGCUCUAGUAUAGACUAUAAACUCGCAAAUUAGUCGAUACUAGAGCUAAGUUCUUUAACUGGACCCUUUCAAGUAAAGAUUUUUAUAUAAACCUGUGAGGAUGAUACUGCCAUUGGCACAAUUAAAAUGUCAUAAGCCUACGUUGUCGUAUUAAGUUUACAAAUAGCGAAAAACCAAAUUAAAUUUGAAUUUCGCGGGCAGGCCCGUCCCAUGCCCCUUUAAAUAAAUACCAAUUUAUGUUUUUGUUAUUUUAUUAUU